CAGCAGAGAACUGGGGUUUCAGUAAAGGGAAGUGCAGCUAGCUCCCGUUACCACUCAAGAACUCAGUCUUCAACUGCAAUGGCUGCCAGGUGGACCCUGGUCGCCGGCCUCCUUCUCCUGCUUCCACUUCUCCCGUCGGCCUCCUCCUCCAUGGUGUUCAAGCUCGACGGCAAUGUCUACCCUGCAGGCCACUUCUAUGUCACCAUGAACAUCGCGGACCCAUCGAAGCCAUACUUCUUGAGUGUGGACACUGGCAGCGACCUCACCUGGCUGGAGUGUGCCGCAUCAAAUGGUGCCUGUGAAAGGUGCAACAAGGUGCCACAUCCACAUUACCAGCCAGGACCGCCUAGUUACAAGGUCGUCCCAUGCACGGACCCCCUAUGCGACACUCUGCACCAGGACCUGGGCACAACCAAGCACUGCGCAGAACCAUUUCAAUGCGACUACACGCUCACAUAUGCAGAUGGAUCGUCUAUUGGUGUGCUCAUGACAGACAAGUUCUCAUUACCCAUGGCCAAGGCCUCCAAUGACCACCCUGACCUCGCAAUCGGGUGUGGUUAUGACCAGGGGAAGAACGCUGGGAAGAUAAUGACAGUGGAUGGCACCCUUGGUCUUGGACCGAGCUCGGUAUCGCUGGUCUCGCAGCUCAAGAACCAAAAGAUCAUCACAAAGAAUGUGAUUGGCCAUUGCCUCAGUACAAAAGGAGGGGGCUACCUCUUCUUUGGGGAAGAGAACGUGCCCGCUUCAGAUGUAACCUGGGUCCCCAUGGCACCAAGAACACCCGGGUCUUAUCCUUACUCAGCUGGCCAUGCAACCCUGCAACUGGAUACGAUGUCAAUAGGCGCAGAGCCGAUGGAGGUGGUCCUUGACAGUGGCAGCGCCUACACUUACUUGCCUGAACUUCUUCAUUCUCAACUCGUUACUGCGCUGAAGGCCUCUCUCAGCAAGUCAUCAGUUGAAGAGGUGCAUGACCCAGCACUGCCUCUAUGCUGGAAAGGGAAUGGCCCAUUCAAAUCUCUGGACGACCUCAACAAGGAAUUCAAGUCACUAAUCUCCCUGAACUUUGGCAAUGGGGUCACCAUGACUAUCCUUCCUGAAAACUACCUCAUUACCACUGUAAACACUUGAAUUUGUUGACUUGAACGACAGAGCAUCGAAGGAAAGGAGAACACCUGAACAAAUGCCAUCGUUUUCAUGUUUGUGGCAGGAACAAGGGAGCGCGUGCUUGGGAAUCCUUGGGACGGCAGACAUAGGCACGUACUUGAUUGGAGGUGAAAAAUUCAGAAACCGAUCUCAGUUUCUGCAAUUAGGAAGGACACCCUGAGCCUCUGUAAAACAACUUGC